ACGUUAUGUGAAAACAAUGCCAAUGUGAACUUGAUGGAUUUGAAUGGUAGAACUGCACUUCAUGUUGCUGCACAAUCAACGAAUCCUAACAGUGAAUUCGUGGUGGACUAUCUUCUGUCAAUGAAUAUAAAUGCACAAGUAAUCGAUAAAACUGGACGAACGGCACUGCAUUAUGCAGCUCGUAAUGGAGUGUCAUCGAUAAUCUACAAGCUGUUGAAUGCAGGCAUUGAAGUCGAUGUGCAGGACAAAUAUUCAACAAUGCUUUUAGCUUCAUUCUAG